AUGAGACUCUCAUCAGCCUGGACAGCACUUGUUUUACUUCUGAUUCAAGGAGCAUCAAGAGCAUGCACAGUUAAGAAACUGGGCACCAGCACAGGGAGAUUUGCCAACGCCACCUUAGUGCGCCUGUCAGAGUUUUUGAGUGCGGGGUAUAAGAAAGGCGUGAGACCGGUGAAGGACUGGAGGACAUCCACUAUAGUGGCCAUAGACCUCAUGGUUUACUCUAUUCUCAAUGUGGAUGAGAAAAACCAGGUUUUGACAACAUAUGUGUGGUACAGACAGUCAUGGACAGAUGAAUUCCUGGUCUGGAACCCAGAAGACUUUGAUGAAGUCAAACAAGUUUCUAUACCCACCGCUAAUGUGUGGGUGCCUGACAUCCUCAUUAAUGAGUUUGUGGAUGUGGGGAAGUCUCCAGACAUUCCUUAUGUCUAUGUGACACAUGAUGGACUGGUGCGCAACUAUAAACCCAUCCAGGUUGUCACAGCCUGUACCCUCAACAUCUACAACUUCCCCUUUGAUGUGCAGAAAUGUAGCCUGACCUUCCAGAGCUGGCUUCAUACCAUUGAUGACAUUAACAUCACCCUGAUGCGAAGGCCCGAGGAGCUCAGGGAGGACAAGAGUGUCUUCAUGAACCAAGGAGAGUGGGAGCUGCUCCAUAUACUCUCCAACUACAAGAUAUUCAGUGUUGACAAUGAUGACUAUUAUGCUGAGAUGAAGUUCCAUGUGGUGAUCCGGCGGCGGCCAUUGUUCUACACUGUGAACCUGCUCCUGCCCAGUAUCUUCUUGAUGGUGAUGGACAUUGUUGGUUUCUAUCUGCCACCAGACAGUGGAGAGAGGGUUUCCUUCAAGAUCACUUUGUUGCUAGGCUACUCUGUCUUCCUUAUCAUUGUAUCUGACACCCUGCCUGCCACUGCCAUAGGAACCCCGUUGAUAGGUGUGUACUUUGUGGUCUGCAUGGCCCUCCUGGUGAUCAGUCUAACAGAAACCGUGCUGAUUGUGCGUCUGGUCCACAAGCAGGACCUCCAGCCUCCUGUACCCCACUGGGUAAAGUACCUGGUGCUGGAAAGAGCCCCAGUCCUCUUCUGCAUCCACAAGAAGCACCGCCUCUGCUCUAGACUAUCAUCCCAGGCCUCCGACCUGGAACACUACAAGGACAACAACUAUGGCACUGCCCGGUGCACCCUCCACCACACCUGUGAGAUAGGUCGAAGGCUCAGCCAGCACGACAGAGAAGGCGGGCUGCUUGGACUUGGCCUGCCCCCCUCCAGGGACCCGACACCUCCUGUCAUGGACAACAUCCUGCAUGAGGUGACAGCGAUACGCCACUUCCUGGAGAAGAGGGACAGAUGCCGGGAAGUUGCCAAGGAAUGGCUGCAGGUCGGCUACGUGCUGGACGUGCUGCUCUUCAGAGUCUACUUAGUGGCCAUGGUGGCCUAUAGCAUCACACUGGGCACACUGUGGUCUGUGUGGCAGGUUGCCUGAGCCUUACAGCUGCACUAAUGUGGACACAAGCUCAGCAGGUAGAGCGUGGAAUUCAAAAGGCCAGACUUAGUAGCUCUAUGCCAUGUGUAGCUCAGUGGAUACAGGAAGGCGCUCGUAAAGUAAUGGAACAGGGAAAUGGUUCCUGUAAUUGCAGCAUAUGUAGCUACUGUACACUGAAAGGUCAAAUGACCAGUUGGGUUUGCCACUAUAUCCCUACAAACAUUAUCAUUGUUAUCACCACUUAGGUUUGAUCAGAGAGUUUUAGUGUCAUGAUGAAAAUGCAAUCUGAGAUACUUUUCAGGGCCAGCUCAAAGCAACCCAAUAGACAUACAGCCUCACCCACUUAUAAAUGUAAUGUUAUUGUUCUUAUUCAUAAAGGAAAACAACAACAAAAGCCUUGAUCCAGUUGUGUUUAGAUGAAUAUGUUCUUAGGGGAAAAGUUUUUGGGAUAAAAUUAGCCAGUUAAAAAAAUAAAUAAAUAAAUACUACCACAAUGUUCAUCUGUUUGAAUACAAUAAUAUCUGUCUGUAAAAACCUACAUUGGUCAAACCAUAACAAGCUGUUGUAAUAAUGGUGAAACCUGAAGAAAGAAAAUGUGGGCACAUUCAGCUGUGAUGAUACAGUAAAGAAGACAUGUUGGUGACCAGUAGGAUAUGUGUUAGCUGCAGAGUUUUGAUCAUGCUGUUACUGUGAUUUAAAUAUUUAAAAUAUGUAUUAACUAAACAUGAAUUAGUAAAUAAGGAAUUUAUAUCAGUGAGGUAAUGACUGCAUAUAAUGACCUGUUUUGCACUACAUGUAAAUUAAAGAAAAGAUUGGAAUAUAUGUCCCCUUGUGUUGAAUGUCUGUAAAUAAAAUGGUGGAAAUUUGCAGAACUUUAAACCAUAUAAUGUUUAAUGUGUCACCUCAUGAUAAAAUCUGUCUAAGUGAAAUGUUGAAUAUAACGGUUGUAACUCACAGCUCGGAUAACAGUGUUUCAACAAGUUUCUGUAUAAAGCAACAUUGGGCUGUAAAGUUUUUAGUUUCAUACAUUAAUAUACCUAAUAUUUAUAUAUAAUGGAACUGUGUAGUUGUUUCAACAGAAGAUAAAAUACAAUUAUCCGUAAUGAAAGAAACAGAGCUGCAUAUAGUAUCAUAUUUCAAUAAAUGUAACAAUGUUUCAUCAUAACCAGUUAACAAUGCCUGUGUUUAGCAACUAA